AUGGCUGCCUCAACCCAAGAUCCGGUCCACUGGGGAGUUGAUGAGGUUGUUACCUUCCUCUGCAACCCAGAGGCAGCUCCAUGGGCUGACUCCGCUAAUUCGCCGCGACCAAACCCUGUCGCUCUCGAGACUGCACUUCGCGAAAAUUUCAUAAAUGGAGAAGCACUGCUUCAUCAUGUUGAUAAGGAGGCCCUCAAGGACGACAUGGGUAUCAAAGCUCUCGGUCAUCGCAGUAGUGUCCUGAGAGCGAUUGAUUGGUUGCGGCUUCGAUCCCCGAAAUAUCGCAUGUCAAAGCAGGCUAUUUCUUUGUUGAACGAAAUACCCUCGACUGAAAUCACCGUGUCGCCGGUUCCCUCCCACUGUGUUUCGUCAUCUCUGGACCCUCCGAGCCAGGCCCCUUCUGUACCCUCUGGCGUAGAACCUGCACCAGCAGCUACGAAAGAGAAGCGCCGGGUAGCACCGGUCCAAGUUUUUGUGCCAGGUGGACAAAGAGUACGAGAAGGCAGUAUUCAGAAAGAACAAUCACCUUCCAACCUUCAAAUGAUGUUGACCUAUGAGCACGUCCUCUUACCGCACACCCACCCUGAAAACUCUGGAAGCACUGCUUCAAGGGUAGCUACUGGUGAAAGGAGACAUCAGCUUUCAAUUUGUGGUUCACCAGUGGCCGAAAAUCCGAUGUUGAAUGACAAUUUUCCGGCCAUGCCGGUUUCUCAGGACAGAUCAAGUGAGCUUACCGCAAAGGAUCAUGCUUUUUACGAAAGAAUACUCCAGAAGUAUCCUCCCAAGGAGGAUGAGGAUGAUAUCAUUCUUCCAGCUUAUGGAGAAUCUGGUUCAGACGGCCAUUACGAUGAGGAGACGUGGGAGGAAAUCGUCGAUGAGAACCCAGACAUUCACCAGUCCAAAUCUGCUCUUCUACGUGAUGAGUGUGAUGCUGUGAUCUCGAAAUACAUGGCAGAGUACGUGGAAAAGUGGAAGACUGAGCGUUUGCCGCGGGAGAAACCAUAUGCCCGAGCAUUGUGGCUGCAAGCCCGGGAAGAUAAUAUGGUCGAGGACUACAAGCGCGACUACCUGGGCCAACUCGACGUUCUUCGAGAUCGCUUAGAAAAGCUGAAAGCAGCCAUUCUCGCUGUUGCAUACAGAUCACCUGCCCUUUUGCGAAAGGCCUGCGGUAGUAUGGAACUGACCCUCAGUCAGAUAUGCCAUGAAAGUUGGAAGUUGAAAAUCAUGAACCUCGAAAUGUGCCCACCUCCUGUUUCCCUCCCGCCAAGGACUUCUCGCCCUCGAAAGGAACAUGUCGGUGAUGUUGAAGAAGAAUCUUUGGGCUCUGACUCGGAUUCAGUAGCCGAUGAUGAGGCCUCCACCGGCGAUUCUGGUUCUGAUUUUGGAGAUGAGGCUCCAAGAAAUUUACAGCAUGCUGUACCGGGAAUGUCCUCUGUCACCGCUCUAGCAUCCGAUGAUAGCGAAGGAGGCUUUGUUGCCAACAAGCGGCGACGUAUGAUUGGAAGCCAUGAAGAGGACGGAGCCAGCACUGAACUCAGCCUGCCUGGGCCUUUUAUGGAGCUUGAUGAUGGUGCUGUACAGCAUAGUCACUCACCCCCGGUGGUGGCUAGAGCGAGCCUAGCCCUGUCAGAACUACAGGAAACUGACCAGGCAGACGAGAUGUCGAUUGAGACACCGCCUCUAAAUCCAACUCUGGCAGCAAGUCCACAAGAUGUUGACAUCGAAGAUGAAUUGCUCGUGGAGACACCUCCCCUGAAUCCGGUGAAUCCGCCACAACAGCCCGCUCUGAGGAUAAAACUUAAAGUCUCGUCGCCUCCAGCAUCCGCGGAUGAUGAAUCCAUGCGACCUCAGCAGAGAAAGUCCCAUUCGCCGGCACUGUCCAUCAAAAACCAUGAUAGGGACGCGGUCCGCCCGAAUAUGGACGAUAUUGAUCUUUUCGACACGUUAUCCAGCUUGAGCUGGAACACUGUCCAGGCUGAGAAGGAUCGCAUCCGGCUGCUGGCAAAGAGCAUCAUAGGCUUACCAUCAGAGGAGGUCAAGAGCUUUGGGUCUUACAUGGAAGCACUUUUCGACCCUAUCUACCUUGAUCAAGUUCAAGAAGCACUGCAAGCAAUGCUCAAGAAUGAACGUUGUCUGCUUGACAGAACCGAAGAUGACAGUAGAUCCGCAAUGCGGCUGGGUGCUCUCUUCGUAUCUUGGCACCAUUGCGUUAUGUUGAGUCCCCAGGGAAUCGGCAAAGAACGUCUCCAAAAAGCUCUCCAAGCCCUCGAAGCGGCUGAUGGCCCAUCAAGGUUCAUGGUUUUCCUUCACCUGCUCAAGAAGCUGUUUUCUUCUUUCAAAGUUUGGCAUACACAACGAAAGCCCCUAAGUGAAAGCCAUGGCAUGUCUUCCGAGUUGGCGGAGUUCGACAGGACCUCAAAGAAGAGAAAAAAGAAGCCUAACUCAAAAUCCGGCCUGAAAUUACCUGGUCCGAGAAUGCUCAGUAAUAUGCAGAAAGAUGCACAAGAACGACAAGCGAAGCAGAGCAAAGACAGAGAGCUACUCAGGAUGGCCCGUGAAAGCCAGGGUCUGAGCAACAGCGACGCAGACGGGCAAGCUGUGACAUUCAAGGAUCCUGUCAUCUAUCUGCACCCCCAGCUGGGCAAAUAUGUCAAGCCGCAUCAACUGACGGGAAUACAGUUUAUGUGGAGAGAACUUAUCGAGGCCAACAACCAGCAAGGUUGUCUGCUUGCUCAUGUCAUGGGGCUGGGCAAGACAAUGCAGAUUAUAUCCCUUUUGGUCACUAUUGCUGCAGCUGCUACCUCGGACAACCCACAGAUUCGGAAACAGGUUCCGCAAAGGUUCCAUCGCUCCCAGACUAUUAUUUUAUGUCCAUCGUCCGUGGUUCAAAAUUGGGUCGAAGAAUUUUCCAUCUGGACACCAUCUGAUCACCACCUCGGACCAAUUCGGGAGAUCAUCUCCCGAGGAAAGAACAUGGAAAUGGCUGAGAGGCUUAGAACGAUCAAUUCCUGGAAUGAAGAGGGGGGCGUUCUCAUCAUGAGCUAUGAGAUGCUCCGUAUGCUCAUCUUGAACAAAUCAACUAAGGUUGGGAGAUCCCUCUCCCCCGAGGAUCAUGGGAUGGUUAAACACUGUCUCCUAUCGAGGCCGAAUAUUGUCAUCGCAGAUGAGGCUCACAAACUGAAGAGUGAGAAGUCGGCCAUUACCCAAGUUGCCUGUCGGUUUGAAUCGACGAGUCGUAUUGCUGUGACUGGGUCACCACUCGCAAACCAUCUUUCCGAGUACUACCAAAUGGUUGAAUGGGUUGCGCCUGGCUAUCUGGAAGACCCAGCCAUAUUCAAAAGGAAGUUCAUGGAUCCCAUUCAGGCGGGGUCUUACAUUGACAGCACGGUCAGCCAACAAAGGGAAAGCUUGAUUUCCUUACAGCUUCUCAACGGGAUUCUGGCCCCCAAGGUUCUCAGGGCUGACACCUCUGUGAUUGCAUCAGAUCUUCCUGCAAAAACGGAGUUUGUUCUUACAAUUCCUUUGACGGAAUUACAGAGAAAGGCUUAUGAUAUUUUUGUGGACUGUGCUAGAUCUGGAGAUGGGGACGUCAGCAUGAAGCUAUGGUCGUGGCUGGCAAUUAUGCAACUUUGUUGCAACCAUCCCUCCCCCUUCCGUGAGAAACUCGCCGAUCGGUUGAAACAGCCGGAGGAUUUUGAGAGCCCAUCAAUCUUGUCUGGAUCAAUCCAAGACGCUGGACUUCCAAAGGAUCUCAUCUCCCGCAUAGAAUCGCUUUUCAGCAAGUAUCCUGACAUCAAAGACUCCACGUUAUCCAACCGCGCUGUUCUUCUCGAUCAGAUUCUUGACCUGUCAAUCCAAGCCGGGGACAAGGUUUUAAUCUUCACUCAGAGCAUUCCAACUAUGGAUUACCUUGAUCUCAUGUUGAAGAAGCGUGGACGACAGUAUCAACGUAUCGAUGGCUCGAUGCUUGGGUCAGACCGCCAGGUCGCAACGAAGCAGUUCAACACCAAUGGGGAAGAACAAGUACUCUUGAUCUCCACUCGAGCUGGUGGCGUGGGCCUCAACAUGUUUGGUGCAAACCGUGUUGUGAUUUUCGAUUUUCUCUUCAAUCCUAUGUGGGAAGAGCAGGCUGUUGGCCGCGCAUACCGCCUGGGUCAGAAAAAGCCAGUUUUCGUCUAUCGCUUCAUUGCUGGUGGUACCUUCGAGGAGCUUAUUUUUAACAGCGCUGUAUUUAAACGACAACUUGCCGUUCGCGUGGUGGACAAGAAGACUGUUGUGCGAGAAAGUUCGAGAAGAACUUCGCAGUAUCUCUUCCCCGUGAAGAAUGUGCAGAGGGACGAACACUAUGAUGUUCUUGGAAAGGAUCGUCAGGUCCUUGAUCAAAUUCUCGAAGGGGAAUACAGUGAGGUUGUUCUCAAAGCGACCUUGUCGCAUAUUCAAGACAACGAGAAAGACCAUCUCACCGAGGCCGAGAGCCGCCGCGUCGAGAACGAACUUAGAAUGGAACGACUGAAACGCUCCGAUCCGGAAGCCUACCAGACUGAGAUGAAGAGACGCGAAGAUGCUGAAAGAGCGCGUCAACAAGCAGAGGCUCGUGGAAAGGACAAGGAACGAUGGGAAAAAAUGCAAGAGCAGCAACGCUUGAUCCAGUUCGACCAGAAUCAUCAGCAGCAAGAAGUCGUGUUGCAGCAACGUUUUGCCUCUCUCAAUCCAGGGCCAUAUUCACCUGAGAUCGGAAGCAGAUCAGCUGUGCCCGUUUCUACUAGUGGCGUAGCGAAGCUUGUCCCGCCCUUUUCGGCGGCCAAGUCUACUCCUGUUGCACAAAGCCAGAUGUUAUUCCCUAGAUAUCUACAGAGUUCAUCCUCUAUGCUGCGAGCAAGCUCACCCGACCGACCGGAAUCUCCUUCGGAAUAUGCACGCAGUUCCUCGUCACUGCAGCAAGCUGAUCGCUCGAGAUCUCAACAAGCUCAUGUGGUACCGAACUACAACGAAGUUAUCGUGAUUGAAGACUAUUCAGCGCCACCUACUGCGCCUACUAAUAUCUCGGAUGCUGCCCCAGCAACUUCUCCAAGACCCCAUUCUGCUACUUCACCUGCUCCAAAUACCCAUGGUGAUGGUAGUCGAGAGAAGACCAGCAAGGCAAACCCUGCGGAUAUCGGUCAGAAUACGCCGGCACCGACAAAUCAGGACAAACCCGAGAAGCCGAUGGGGCCUAAGCCAAGCCCAUCGGUGGUUUCCAGCGAGGACGCACCGGUUGAGAUGAUUGAGAAAAGGUAG